CUGCUUCAUUUCUCUUGCUGUCCUGCCUUCACUGCUAGCUCUGCUGGGGCCAAGUCAAGCAGUGCUGCCCAACUUCUCAGCAGGUAGAGGAGAAUCCAUAACAAGAUAAAGCAAGAAAGAGGAGACAAGUUUUCUUUCCCAGUCCAGGAAAAAUAAUCUGCUGGAUUAUAAUCUGCAAACAGUGGAGAGUGCCAACAUGAGCAACGAGAGGCCACAGAACCCCAACUCAUCUACACUGACUGAGGGCCUGAAGAAAAAGAGGGGGAGACCAAAGAAGCAGCCACAGGAGGAUGGUGGAAAUACAGCUGUUAUCCCACAGGAUGCUGUGGAGCCACAGCCAGUGAAGAAACCACGAGGAAGGCCAAAAGGAAACAAGAAAGCAUCUGGUCUGACUGGGGGAACGGCAAAACCUUCUGCUGGGAAAAGGCAAAGAGGGAGGCCCCGCAAAUGGCCUCAAGCAGUGGUCCAAGGAGAGUCUGAGGGAGGAAAUAGUCUGGAAAGCAGUGACUGGAACUUGAACUCAGCACCAGCUGCACAAGGCACCACUGGAAAAGAUGGUUCCAGGUUCAGCAAAACCACUGGUCUUAGGAAAGCUCUUGAGUAACAUCCCUGCUGCAGCUCAGUAGUGUCCUACCUGUUCAUGUCUUACUGAAGCCAGAGGA